GUCUAUAUUUAUCCUCAACGAUUCGUAUUUACACGAAAUAGUUUACUAGGCCUAUGAUUCGUCAUGAUUUUUCAAUCACCCACUUUCGGUGGUUGUAUUUUUCCAUCUGGCCAUGUAAGAUGAACGGGCUCUGCUUUCUUAGGUCGGGAAAACACGGCACUGUGGUACAAGCGCCGAAAAAGGGUGAAUCAAUUUGAGAGAGAGAGAGGGCGGGUUGGAGAGCGAGAGAAAGGACGAGAGUGAGAGAGGGAGAGGGGAGAGAAGACGUUGACUAUAGGCUACGCCUCUGCAGUUUAAGGAAUAUAUCAAAAGGAAAGUUUUUUACUGGGUGCAGCAGCACCAGUGAGUGAGAGCCCCAGCCCCCAGGCCAGGCCCCAGUCCUCAGUGUGAAGUGAUGGAGCUGCCCCGUGUUGGGAACUGCAGAGCCAGGUGACGGACACCCCUGCUGCUGAAGUGACGGAGACACGCAAGAUGUAACUCGUGGAUUCUUCUCAAAGGCCCCACUCAAAUCCCUAGACGACAGAAAAAAAGGAGUAACAUCUGUUUAUGCACAUAUUUCUGUUAAACCCCCCUGGAAAAAACAGAGAUAGACGGAAGAUAAAACACCUUUAAAAAUGAAACAUUAAAAGGAACAAAUUGCCACUGGAGAAACUAAGCAAAGUCAACCUGGUUGAGGAAUCCAUCAUCUUGGGAUCAACACCUUCGGAGAAAGGGCAGGGUCAUGUCCCAGUUGCCAUGCGCAUCACCACGGUGACCUGCCUUCCCUGCCCCUCUCCCCUCCUCCUCCUAUUGGUCCAGCUGCUACUGCGGCUCCUCCUCUCUGGGCCAGAAUUUGUAGAGGCCGCCUCCCCCUGCCCCACCCAUUGCAGCUGCUCCAAUCAGGCCAGUCGAGUCAUCUGUACAAGACAGAGUCUGGAUGGGGUGCCUGAGAGCAUAUCAGUCAACACACGAUACCUCAACCUGCAGGAGAAUUCAAUAGAGGUUAUCAAGUCAGACACCUUCAAGCACUUGAGGCACCUUGAGAUCCUGCAGCUGUCUAAGAACAAAAUCAGUCAGAUUGAGGUGGGAGCAUUCAAUGGCCUGCCCAAUCUCAAUACACUGGAGCUGUUCGACAACCGCCUCACCCUGGUCCCCUCACAGGCCUUCGAGUACCUCAGCAAGCUGCGGGAGCUGUGGUUACGGAACAACCCCAUCGAGACGCUGCCGGGCUAUGCCUUCCACCGCGUGCCCUCGCUGCGCCGGCUGGACCUGGGAGAGCUCAAGAAGCUGGACUACAUCUCAGACGCCGCCUUCGUGGGCCUGGUCAACCUGCGCUACCUGAACCUUGGCAUGUGUGGUCUGAAGGACAUCCCCAACCUGACGGCCCUGGUGCGUCUGGAGGAGCUGGAGCUGUCUGGGAACCGUCUGGAGAUCAUCCGGCCUGGCUCCUUCCAGGGCCUGGUGUCGCUCCGUAAGCUGUGGCUCAUGCACUCGCAAGUGAAGGUCAUCGAGCGCAACGCCUUCGACGACCUGAAGAACCUGGAGGAGCUCAACCUUUCCCACAACUCCCUGCACUCGCUGCCCCAUGACCUCUUCACCCCGCUGCACCAGCUGGAGCGGGUGCACCUCAACCACAACCCCUGGGUGUGCAACUGUGACGUGCUGUGGCUCAGCUGGUGGCUGAAGGAGACGGUGCCCAGUAACACUACGUGCUGCGCUCGCUGCCACGCUCCCCCCGGCCUGAAGGGCAGGUACAUCGGGGAGCUGGACCAGAGCCACUUCACCUGCUACGCUCCCGUCAUCGUGGAGCCGCCCACCGACCUCAACGUUACCGAGGGCAUGGCUGCAGAGCUGAAGUGUCGCACGGGCACCACCAUGACCUCGGUCAACUGGCUCACGCCCAACGGCACCCUGAUGACCCACGGCUCCUACCGGGUCCGGAUCUCCGUGCUGCACGACGGUACGCUCAACUUUACCAACGUCACGCUGAGGGACACAGGUCAGUACACCUGCAUGGUGACCAACUCGGCUGGCAACACCACGGCAACCGCCGUGCUUAAUGUCACUGCCGCCGACGUUGGCGUCAGCUACUUCACUACUGUCACCGUGGAGACGGUGGAGCCCAACGAGGGCCCGACAGUCUACGCGGGCGUCAUGAACAGCCACAACGAGUCAUACGUCAUUACCCCGUCUGGCCACCAGUGGAGGGGGGGGCUCCCUACCACCGCCUCCUCCCUGUCAGCCUGGUCCUUGUCCUCAUCCCGGGCCACCCGGCCCACCUUUACUGUGCCCAUCACUGCCGAGACGGGCUAUUCUGGCCUUGAUGACGUGAUGAAGACCACCAAGAUCAUCAUUGGCUGCUUUGUGGCCAUUACCUUCAUGGCAGCCGUGAUGCUGGUGGUCUUCUACAAGCUGAGGAAGCAGCACCAGCUGCACAAGCACCACGGCCCCGCCCGCGCCAUCGAGAUCAUCAACGUGGAGGACGAGAUUGGCGCCGGUGCUGGUGGACACGGCAGCGGCAUCUCAGGGGGCGGCACCGUCUCUCGGGAUGGAGGCGGAGGGGGAGGAGUAGGAGGAGGGCAGAGCCUGAGGAUGCAUCACCCGGAGAUGGUCAACCUGCCCAACCUGGCCAGACAGGAGCACCUCAACCACUACUACAAGGCCCAUCACUUCAACAACAACAUGAUGGGCCUGGGCAUGGGCCUCAACAACAACAACAACCCCUCCCUCUCCCCCUGUUCCCAGAGCACCCCCAACUCCUGCGCACAGGGACCCACCUCCACCAGCGGUGGCACCCCCACAGGUGGCUUGCUGCCCUCCCCUGUGCCCCUGCCCCAGCUAGGCAUCCACAGCUCUCUGAAGGGGCUCAUGGGAAAAGGCCAGAACCCUCAAAUCGAGCCUCUGCUCUUCAAGAGUGGCUCCAAGGAGAAUGUGCAAGAGACUCAGAUCUGAGAGAAAGAGAGAGACAGAUGGAAAAAGAGAGAGAGACGAAGAGACAGAAAACAGGGAGAUGGAGGGAGAGAGAGGAGUCUGAUUGUACUAUCCCCAUGGCCAUAUUUCGAUAGAAAGUGUAGGCAGGCAGAAUAUGAAAUAUUACAUAGACAUUGCUUUGUAUGGUUAGUGCAUAGAGAGAGAGAGAGAGGAGAGAUUGUUCUCACACCUCUACUGUGUCUGCUCAACACCCGUCCAAGCAUUAACAUCUUCUGAGACACUCCAAGACACACACAGACACACACAGCCCGACACAAGGACAGGAACAACAUCAGCUAACACAUACACAGUGCAUUAUGAGAUUGACAACUAUGUGCCAAACUUGCGCAUAUCUGUGCCAAAGUAAAAGCCCUUGCAAUCUAUAUAUCCAUCCGCACAUUCCCAGACUGAAUCAGGUGACCAGGUUCAAUACCCAGACACAAUAAGAAUCACCACGGCUAUAACUAAAUACAGAUCACCUCGUAUAUUACCAGAUACAAUCCAAGUCACUGUGUAUAUAUAGAGGUAAGAUCUGAGUCACUAUGUUGAAGUAGGCGGAUAAGUGUUUGGGACUGUGUCAGAGCAGUACAGGGCUGCCCAGACGCACUCUGUGGAACAGGACAGAAAGUAAACCAUUGAGCAGAACACAGUUUAGUGUCGGACAACAAGCAAUGUGUAGGAAGAGGAAUCCACAUCAACAACGGUUGUGUUUUACUUAGUGGGCUCAAUCUCACUUUCUCCCCUCUUUCACACCUGACUGGCUACUCUCUUUAAAGGAGAGGAAGGUAUAUGGAGUGAAUCGUCGUAAACAAAAAAUGUAAUAGCAAAAAGGACUACGAAAGAUACAAAUAAACUGUGAAAGUACAUAUUAUAUAUAAAUAUAUUUUCAUUCGAAGAAAUAAAUUAUGAAGAAUCUUUACCAAGUUUCUGACUAAAUAGCCACAGCUUCUGAAGAAUAUAUGAACUGCUGUCAUAGCGGUCAUCACUAUGAAAACUUUGUUUGGCUAGAAACAAGAUGGCCGACAUUCUGUGCUGGAAAGGGACAUAUUGUAGUGGAGGCUGUGGAUGAGCAAGAGCUAAAAUUGGAAACUGGCACAGUGUUUGAUUGAAUUUAUUUUGGCUUCAAUUUUUGUAGCAUCACAAAGCAUUCCCUCUCAUGCCACAUUUACAUAAACAGGGUCAUUGGUGAAGGGGGAUCUUUACUCUCCAUUUAAUGAGAACAUAUGAAAUAUGAUUACAAAACUUCACCCUUUGAUACAAACAAUAUGGAUAUUGUAAUGAUGAUAAUGAUGAUAAUUAUAAUAAUUCAGUAAAUGCUUAUCAACCGUAUACUGUAGAUAGCUCUUAAAAGCAGAUAUAGGUUUAGCAUUUUCUCUGAUUCAAGUGGUAAUAUCUAAAAUUGCAAUGUGAUCGGUUUCAACUUCAUGCAUUCAGUAUAUCUGUAUGCAAUAUAUCAUGAUAUUGAGAACAAAUUAUUAUUAUAAUUAUCAUCAUUAUUACUAUUAUUAUUACUAUUGAUUAUUAUUGUUAUUAUUAUUAUCAUACACUGAGUGUACAAAACAUUAGGAACACCUUCCUAAUAUUGUGUUGAAGCCCAUUUUGCCCUCAGAACAGCCUCAAUUGGUCGGGGAAUGGACUGCAAGGUGUUAAAAGCGUUCCACAGGGAUGCUGGCCCAUGUUGACUCCAAUGCAUCCCACAGUUGUCAGGUUGGGUGGAUGUCCUUUGGGUGGUGGACCAUUCUUGAUACACACAGGAAACUGUUGAGCUUGAAAAACCCGGCAGUGUUGCAGCUAUUGGCACACUCCAACCUGUGCGCCUGGCACCUACUACCAUACCCCGUUCAAAUUCACCCUCUGAAUGGCACACAUACACAAUCCAUGUCUCAAUUGUCUCAAGGCUUAAACAUCUGUCUUUAACCUGUCUCCUCCUCUUCAUCUACACUGAUUGAAGUGGAUUUAACAGGUGACAUCAAUAAGGGAUCAUAGUCUUCAUAUGGUCAGUCUAUGUCAUGGAAAGAGCAGGUGUUCCUAAUGUUUUGUACAGUCAGUGUAUAGGUGGCAGAGCAGUCUAGUACAUCCUUAUGAAAGUUAUGUUUAUAAUUGAUUCAGUGGGGAAUGAUUUGAUUACACAUGGAAUGACGACGAUCCUUUCAACCACCAUAUUGACUCCAACAACAGGGGAUGGUCUGUGUUCCACCAAACAUCAACCUGCAGAAACAGGAAAUACAUGGUCCUCAAAAUGGCUGCUCCCACAUGGCAUCCUCACAGCCCAUGCCUCCUCAGAAACUCCUCUGUUUUGUACAACAACACCAGUCUCAGUCGAUCAGGACCCCUCAUUUUAUUCUGUUGUGUAAAAGACAGGACAUGAACCUUUGACGAAGACUGCUCGUUUGCAGAGGAUUAUAUCAGAACUCAGUGUUCUCAUGUGUGAAUGGAAUUCAUGGCAGCAGGGAACUAAAGGAGGACAGCAUUUUGAAGCGUUUGAAAGGUAAGAGAAACCUAUUCAAUGAAGGAGACAGAGAGCCUAGAUGAAUCAUGUGGCGAUGGGUGAUUUCUUUUUUUUUAAGGAAAAGGACAAAUAAAUGAAAAAUAUAGAAACGUAUAGAUCUCUUUAAAAAAAGCUAUUAUAAGUGUUUUUUCAUUUAGUUUUUUUAUCUAGUUUGAUUAUUUCCUUUAUCUUUUUUAAAAUCAAGUGUUCUCUCAAUUGUAAUAUUGUUAUUGUUAUUAUAAUUUGCUAAUUACACUGGUUAUAAUUCUGAAAGAUGUUCUGUCAGCAGAAGUCACAUUGAAAAAUUAAAAUACCUGGCACACAAAAUGACGGUUGAACUCUGUGAAACUUGGUGGCAUUAGUUUUUUUGUGUUUUUUUCCAUUUAAUUGAAACAUCACUGUUUGUGUGUAUCCCUUUGGCUAAUACAGCUGUGCUUGAGAUGAGACACACAGAAUGUGAAAUGGCCGGCGAAGGGUAUUUUCCUGCACAAGGAGGACAGGAUAGAUCCUGCUUUGAUUUACAAGCUUGCUCACGCUCUCUCUCACUCUGUGAUUUUCAGAAUGUCAUAGCUAUCAGUGCUCCGAGUGUGAUUUCGCUAAGUCAACACCCUGUUUCCAUGACUACCUACCCUCAGAAUAAUGCGCCAAACAGCGUCACAGCUUGCACCUCAUAUGGUGCCCGAUGCCCCCUGUCAAUCAUGUUCCUUUAAGACAACAUAUCCCUCUACAAGCCGGCCAGUGUUCUUCCAACAGUAGCACAUCACCUUUCACAGUGUGCCCAUAUCCUAACACAAUGUCCCUACAGGUUCCUGCCACCAGGUUUCCCUGGCAACUGUUGCAGCUGCGACAGUCCUCAUCAUAGCAUCUUGAUUUGGGUUUCUGAUGCAAAUAGGAGGGAACAGACAGUAUAGAAGGCUAUUAACAUAUCCAUGGUCCUCACAAUAGAUAUUUCUAUUUUUUCACAGCGCUUACGCAAGUGAUUUACACAUUCAUGUUGCUCAUGGAAAUAAUGAACAUAUUCCAUUGGCUUAUUCCAGUGACUUACAUCCUGUAUCUAUAUCAUCUACACACACUUUUGAUUUACUAAUGCAGUGAUUUACAUCGUCUAUAUCACUUCUACAUGUCAGUUGCAUAUUCCUACACCAGUGCUGAACGUAUUCAUGUACCUUGCACUUGUGAUUAACACUCAUAUCCCAUGCACCAGUUAUUAACAUAUUUAUUUUCCCAACACCAGGGAUCUUUAAUCCCCUCACUAGUUAUUUACAUAUUCGUGUGUGUGUGUGUGUGUGUGUGUGUGUGCGUGUGUGUGUUCAGUGGUUCUGACAACAACUAUUCCCCCAGUACUCUGGAUGUGACUCCCUGCCUGUCUUGUCACCUCAGAAAGCAUUAUGAAGCCUUAUGAAGCUCUUAUGAAGUGUCACAGAGAAGAGCUAGAAAGGCUUAGUGGCAGAACAAGUUUUGCCAGUGCCCCACAGUCCCAGGAACAUCACUGCAGUGACUGAGUCACACAGCACUGAACACACACUUAACACUAAUGGAAACGCUGUGUUUACUGUGCAGGAAGAGACCCGCUCGCUCAACCAUUCAGGGAAUAAGUCAAGUAUGUAUGUGUGUGUGUGUGCGCGUUCAGUUACGGUACCUACAGUAGUAUUUUUGAUUACUAUGGCAACUUGAUAUUGUUUCCAUUAUUUAGAAUGCAGCUAUAUCAGUGUGUGUGUGCAUGCGCCUGCUAGGUGAGUGUAUGUAAUGUGUGGGUUGUAUAAGGAGGAUGCAGAGUGAGAGAGAGAGGGAGGGAGGGGGCCAGUCAGACCUCCAUUUUAAAUCCCCAGUUUAAAGCAGUUCUCUGUCUGUUUCCCUCUGCUCCAGGCUGGUUUGUGAUCCUCUCACUGACACUUUAAGUAAAAACGGGAUUUCUAGUUAAGCAGGGUUUUUCCCCCCUCUCCCCUCUGCCUAUUGGGAUAAGCCCAAGAGAUCAAAGGUCUGCUCUAUCACGGCCAGUCUCUUUAGCAUUCCACUGGCCUCUGCCUCUCUCAACUCGUAGUCAAUCUGAGGUUACGAGCUUGUGGUCAAGUCGCGUUUCACACUGCCCUAGUUAUCCUCACUGUUAAACCAGCCAAUCAAGGCUAUAGUGUUUCCUAAUUGGACAGGGGCCGAUGGCCUCGGUUAUCUUGACAUGUUUGGCUGUUCUAGCUCAGGUCCUGGUCUAAUGAGACAAUAUUAAUCAGGCUUUUGAUAUAUUUAGGAUGUGAUCUUAAUUAUCUUAAUUGGUAGAACCUGCUGUGUUCUGAUCAGAGCAGCUUUUUUAUGUCACCUUUAUUUAACCAGGUAGGCCAGUUGAGAACAAGUUCUCAUUUACAACUGCGACCUGCCCAAGAUAAAGCAAAGCAGUGCGACACAAAGAGCUAAAGAGUUGGGAGGGGAUCUUUGUGUGUUUAGAUAGUCAUGUUUCAGGGGCGUUAUUUGAGCUUGAGGUGAGUGUAGCCGAUGUGAAAUGGCUAGCUAGUUAGAGAUGGUGCGCGCUAGUGGCGUUUCAAUCGGUGACGCCACUUACUGUUACAUGAGCAUAGCCUUGUUUAGGUGAGACAACACCUUUAGGGAACCAGCCAGGUCCACCAUUGGAGCUGGUCCCAUAUGUGGGUGUUGAACAGAUGUAAGCCAUAGAAUUAGUAAGUUGUUGUUAUCUUCCCGCGUAGAGUUGAACCAUUUAAAACUAGUUGUGAAACGACAGUGGAGCUGCUACAUUAUUGAUCCUCAUAGUGUUAAUGAUGCAUACGCUCCAGCGCCAAAUGCAAAUGCUCCUCCCAGUUGUCAAGGCCAGAAGUGUCAAACCACUGUAAUUUAUAAGCAUUAUUAUUGCUAUCAUAUUUUUUAACAGCCAUCAGAUGGCCUAUGAAUACAGACCCAGAGAAACCUUGUAGCUUCUAUUGUCACACAUCAUGAUGAUGAUGAUGAGGAUGAUGGCGACUGAGACGGUGGAUCUGUGUGUCUGUAGUCUCUAGUCUCCUAGUUUAACUUUACGUCAAUGUCAGACUAGUAGUCAGUGGGUGAUUUUAUUACUAUGACGCCAGUCGGCCUUUAGAUGGGUUUUAAGCACGUCUACUUCUACGAGGCGGGUGUUUAGAUGGGUUUUAAGCACGUCUACUUCUACGAGGCGGGUGUUUAGAUGGGUUUUAAGCACGUCUACUUCUACGAGGCGGGUGUUUAGAUGGGUUUUAAGCACGUCUACUUCUACGAGGAUGGUGUUUAGAUGCUCUCUUGGUUAUUCUGCUUGUGCGUGUGGCUCAGAGAGUUUCCUGUCCAUAUUCUCCCUGUGAGGUUUUGUGGAGGUUGAGAUCAGAUGCUCAUGGACGUCAGUCUGCGCCAUCCGUGUGAUUUGUACAAGAGCCUGCAGCCACUUAUCAAACAGGCCUCCCUGUUGCCUACACACAUACGUAGGAGCACACAUACACACGCACAAGCACAUAUAGGCAUGAGCGCACACACAUUUGCGGAUUGACUGACAUUGACUGACUAAUUGAUUGUGAAUGAUUGAUUGAAAGGGGCUUUCUUAAUGAUGUGUGUCUUUGUGCGGCGGGCUUAACACAAACCUCUCGCCAGCUCCCAGCAGGGCUGCGGUUCAGAGGCUGGGGCUUUGUGUUCUGUGAAGGUGUCCUUAAUUUGAGAACAGAGAGACAUUAACAUAUGGCUUAUUUCAUUGUUUCCUUGGCAACCAUGCCCUCUGUCACAAGAUGUCCGUUUUGGUUGACUUGGGCGGAUGACAUGAGAGUGUUAGCGUGCUGUGACGCCGGGGAGAUUAGCGGCGUCUCAUCGUGGAUGACUUCAUCUUCUGUCGAUGACUGUCCUGUGCUAAAGGUCAGGCAACCUCAGGUGGAGAGGUUCAUAAGAGGGGAAGUUUUAUUUUUACCAACCAAAUCUACUAUUAUUUAGAUUUCACUUGUUUUUGAGAAACGUACCCCAACCAGUGAUUCACUUCCUCAUCCCUGUAAGGGGGCUCUGAAAAAACAUGAACAAAUUCUCCUAAAACACCCAUAUACGUUAUUUUAGGAACGGCAAAGCUCUCAGUAUAUAACAUCUAAAGACCUGCAUCGCUAUUUUGAGAGCUUAUCCGUUUCCGCAAACUAGACCCUUCUAUAACAUGCCAUUUACAUCAAAAAUAGAGAUUUGGUUGCAAAAAAGCUAAAUUCUCCUUAAACAGGGAGCAGCCAUCACUGUUACUCCAACACUCUAAUGGGACAUGCUGAAAAGCCUCUAAUUGUGGAGUCCAGCAUAAUGGAUCUGGUCAUCAGGCUAGGUCUUCCUGAGCGCACCGUAGCUGUGGUAUUCAGCUGGGACACUGUUCUUCAUGUCUUUGAACAUCCUGUUCUGAGAAGGAACAUUAUGGAACACUUCCUUCUGAAGGUUCUAGAACAUUAAGAUCCUUGUUUUUGGAAGUUCUAGAUUAGAGAAAUUGACUCCUCUAAUCCAAAUUGUUCCAUACUUGAUAAUUGGAACCGCUUAUGACAGAUGUUCUAGAACACUCUGACGUCCCCUGCAUUGCUCAUGAACCUUCCAUGUUUAUCAGGGAUGUGUUGUGGAGUUGUUGGAAUCAUAUUGGAAUGUCCUGAACCAUCGGCGACUAUUAAAGGAUGUGCUGAGCCAGCAGCUGUGCUCCUCUCCUCUCAGAGGACAAGCUCCCAGUCAAGUCUCCCAACAGCAACACACAUUCACCCCCCUCUGCUACUCUGCUCUCCUCUCCUCCACAGCAACACAGCACACAGAUUUACAGUUUAUGGGCGCCUUGGCUCGCCAUCAUAAUCACACUCUACUGUGUCUGAUGUCUGUUUGAAGCUGGGCGGCGGCCAUAGCGCACAUUACAAAGCUUUGAAGUGCAAAUGGCGGUCUGCUCCGCUGCACCCUAUGGAGGGCCAGUGUAGAAUAACCACGGUGUGAGAGGAAUACGCAGCCAGGGGAUCAUGUGUUGAUAGUCGUUUCCUUGUGUGGGGAUAGAGCGGCGCCAGCAACCCAGUGUGAUGCAGGGUCAAGUUCAAUCCAGAUGCCAACACUGGUGGUCAGAACCUCCCUAGUCAGCAGAGUAGAGCUGGAGGAGGAGUCAGGGCUCUGAGGGCUGACCUGACUAAGUUUCUUAAAAGCGUUUGCUAAAUGGCAUAGAAUUGUUCUAUUAUAUUACCUCCAGAAUCAAUGCAAUGAACCAACUUGAAAGGGAGAAGCAGAGUAGCAGUAAACAUUCAUCAAUAUGAAAUCAAUUUUAAUGGGGAAACCCUCAGUUCUAACAAAGCACCUCCACCAUUGUUUCAGUAAAAGGCGGAGGGAUUGGGCAAUGUAACCACUCUCAAAUUCAUAGGCAAUGUAACCACUCUCAAAUUCAUAGGCAAUGUAACCACUCUCAAAUUCAUAGACAGAGCUAUGGAUGCAAGUACUGACCAUCCAUGAUAUCAACACUCUAGCUCUAACUAUGUUUUAAGGCUAUACAGUGUUUGUUUACAUUUACUUUGUUUACAAACAUUGGAGUAAAACAAGCUAAUAGUUUAGAGUUGAACUAAGCCCAUGAGGCAUUUAGAUUCUUCAAGAAUCAAUGCGUAUAUUGAAUGAAUACAUCUAUUGAUGCUCAUGGACACAUCAUCAGUGAUGCAACCUGAGGUCAUUUGGUGUUUGAGGUCUUUCAACAUGAAUUUAUAAGGCCCUUUAACUGGAGAUAUUGAUUUUGUCUUUUAACUUUUACAUUUUUUAAAACCUUGUUGUCUCGGAGGUGUGCUGCUGUCCUCAUUGGUGCUGAUGUAUUUAUUCAGGCGGGUCUCCUUCAACCUCCGUCUCUGACACCCCCCCCUUUGAUACUUUAUUUUUACCCCGCUCCACACCAUCAUACAUUUACCUCACAGGAGGUUGGUGGCAUCUUAAAUGGGGAGGACUGGCUCAUGGUAAUGGCUGGAGCGGAAUCAGGGAAUUGGUAUCAAAUACAUCAAACACGUGGUUUCCAUGUGUUUGAUGACAUUCCAUUUACUCCGUUCCAGCCAUUAUUAUGAGUCGUCCUCCCCUCAGCAGCCUCCUGUGCUUUACCUCAUAUAUCCAACAUGGUCGCCCACAGUGUAUACCUCACUCACCACAGAACAACCCUUUCCUCUCAGGCAGACAACUCCCUCUCACAGAGAGACAGAGAAGCAGGAGGAAUGAGCGAUGAGGUUGACUGUCAGAGGACACUGAGAUGUCCUGUCACUCCUUAUCCUGUCUGGGUACUGGCCUGGGUAUGCUACACUGUAUCUGUGUGUAUAUACACUGUAUUUGUGUAUAUCUGUGUGUGUACGAGUGUGUGUGCCUGUCUAUAUGGGCUUGUGCACAGUUGUGCGUUUAUUAGUGUGUGCGGUGUGCUUGGGUAUAAGAGCAUGUGUGUGCAGCGUGUGUAAGAGCAUGUAAUGUGUGUAUCUGUGUGUGUGUGUGAAGAAGAGAGGGAAAUGAGGGGGAACGCUGCGGUGCUUAUAUGUCAACCAGUGCUGGAGGGGCCGAUGACUCCAAUCCUCACCCAUAGGAAGUGAAGGAGCAUGGCUGACUUACCCCCUUUCUCCUUGUCUCCCUUUUCUCACCCUGUCCCUCAGAAAUGUAGAUAAAGCAUCAGUCCCUGCCUGUCCCUGCCUGUCCCUGCCUCGCUCUGAGUCACACACACACACACCCACACACACACACACACACACACACACACACGUUACUUCAACCCUAACCCUCUCUCAGGAAAAAAGGGAAAUUAACACUACAACAAGCCAACACUUGAGAUAUUUCCUUCCCUCUGUUUAAUUAAACAUAGACUCCAUCUGCUCUUUUGGUUCGCUUCUUCUUUUCUUCUGCAAUAUUGACUAUGGUUGUUCUCGUGAUUGUUUCUUAUGACUCUGUUCUAGCCUGUUCUAACCAUGGGUGUGUGUAUUAACACUGGAAACAUGUCACGUGUGUGUGGAGGAGGGGUUAUUUGUUCUGCUUAAAGGGCCCGUGCCUAAUCUUUUUCAGAUCAUUCAACCUCUGUUCAUGUGCCACACAGACAUUUAUGGAAUAAAAAUUACGUUGUUUUUUCACAUAA